AUGUGGACACAGAUGAUUCGAACCUACCUCCGAGAGGAUCGUAGGAAGGUUCGAACCUACCUCCGAGAGGAUCGUAGGAAGGUUCGAACCUACCUCCGAGAGGAUCGUAGGAAGGUUCGAACCUACCUCCGAGAGGAUCGUAGGAAGGUUCGAACCUACCUCCGAGAGGAUCGUAGGAAGGUUCGAACCUACCUCCGAGAGGAUCGUAGGAAGGUUCGAACCUACCUCCGAGAGGAUCGUAAGAAGGUUCGAACCUACCUCCGAGAGGAUCGUAGGAAGGUUCGAACCUACCUCCGAGAGGAUCGUAGGAAGGUUCGAACCUACCUCCGAGAGGAUCGUAGGAAGGUUCGAACCUACCUCCGAGAGGAUCGUAGGAAGGUUCGAACCUACCUCCGAGAGGAUCGUAGGAAGGUUCGAACCUACCUCCGAGAGGAUCGUAGGAAGGUUCGAACCUACCUCCGAGAGGAUCGUAGGAAGGUUCGAACCUACCUCCGAGAGGAUCGUAGGAAGGCUCGAACCUACCUCCGAGAGGAUCGUAGGAAGGUUCGAACCUACCUCCGAGAGGAUCGUAGGAAGGUUCGAACCUACCUCCGAGAGGAUCGUAGGAAGGCUCGAACCUACCUCCGAGAGGAUCGUAGGAAGGUUCGAACCUACCUCCGAGAGGAUCGUAGGAAGGUUCGAACCUACCUCCGAGAGGAUCGUAGGAAGCGCCCACGCCCGCCCCUACUCGGCGCCCGCGCCCCUACCCGGCGCCCACGCCCGCCCCUACCCGGCGCCCACGCCCGCCCCUACCCGGCGCCCACGCCCGCCCCUACCCGGCGCCCACGCCCGCCCCUACCCGGCGCCCACGCCCACACCCUUGGUGAUAUAAUAGUUAAGGCUCUGUAG